CUGGGUUGGCUCAUCCGCUUCCAGCACUUGCGAUGUUGUGAGCUCGGCAUCAUCACUGAGGAAUCGUCCCAGAGCCUCCAUUCAGAGGGCUCGAACAGGUGACAAGUGCGCCCAACUUCGCCGCACCGUCGGUGCUGACGCGCUCUCUGUGCGCGGCACUGCGCUGCGCUCCGGGUUUGGACGUGACACUUGUCGUGCGCUGCGGUGCACAUGUGGCCACACAUGACGCAUCUGCGCCCAUAGUUGUUUUCAGGAGCGGUGUUUUUUUGUGGGCAGGUCGGGACACGUUGUCUGACAAGUUUCCCAGCUGUUUGCCGUGUCCGCCAGGCGGAAUUUGCGCCUUCCUCUGUAGAGUCGCACGGAGCCGCGGCUCGGCGCAGCAGAAGUUGCUCGGGAAGGGAAAUACUGACGAUGACAAGAGUGCGGAGCCCGGCCGAGGAGAUGAGGGGGGUGCUGAGCAGUGGCUGAUUUCUCUCCCAGCAUCAUCCAGAUCUCUCUCCCUGUGAGGAUCCAAACUGCGGGCGGCCGUUCACUCCUCUACACACUUCCAGGUUUUUGCAGGAGCCCGACGGAGGAUCCCAGCUCCUGGAGCCACAGCUGCGUAAACUUGGCGAGGGUCUGGUGACAUUGUAGCCUCAGUGAGCGCGCGCCGAGCCGCCUGGGUGGAUAUGCGGCUCAACGAGGGCAUUUGAGCAGCAAAAAGGGGGGAUUACUAUCAGUCCCUCUUUUAUUAUAACCUCAAAAUGGAUGCCGACAACAGGCUGCGGAGACGCCACUGGAUUAGCCCCUCUUGCGCUCAUCUGCUUGACAUCUAAACGGCACAGGCGUUCAAAGUUUGGAUAAUCGGAGAGGCUGAAAGGUGCAGGAUGCAGUCUGGAGUGAAGACGCUCUCCGCAGGUGGAGGUGCGUCACUCUGCUGCCUGCUGCUCCUCUGGCUCAUCUACUCCCAUCUGCUCAGAGAGGGCCAAUUGGCGGUGGGAACCUGUGAGAUAGUGAUGCUCAACAGAGACAGCAGCGUUCCCAGACGGACCAUUGCCAGGCAGACGGCCCGCUGCGCCUGCCGGAGAGGCCAGAUUGCCGGGACCACGAGGGCGAGGCCGGCCUGUGUAGACGCGCGGAUCGUGCGGAGCCGCCAGUGGUGCGAGAUGGCUCCCUGCAUGGAGGGGGAGGUCUGCAGCCUCCUGUUCAACCGAUCCGGCUGGACCUGCACCAGGGGCAGCGGUCGCAUCAAGACCAUCACGCCUAUGCCCAAGGAGCCGUCGUAGGAUGCAGAGGAACACAGCAGGCUCAUUGACAUCCAUGAUUCAAAAAGGAACUGAUGCCAGUCACUACAACCGAACAUUAACUCGAUUCACCUACAAUGCUCCAAAACUUGACACCAGGCGUGAUCUUCUGUUGAAAAUUUAAUUAAAUUAACAAAAAUAAUCAUCCCCGAGCUUCUCCCAUCACCGCAGUGGAAGACUCUUGGCAGCAACUUGUUAGAACUAUGAGAAGUCUCAAGUGAGCAGCAUUGGAACACCAUCGCCAUUGAAUCUUCACUGCAGCCAAAUUCAUGGACUCAUCAUAGAACAAGACCCUUGUAAGGAACAGCUAUCACCAGAUGAUGGAAUAUUCAUUGAAGUACUUUACCUGUUGUUUGAGUGAGUCACCGCCCGGUCUGCAAGGUGACGGCUCCUUGAAGGAUUUUUCUUUGUGGCUUGAAUUACACUUUUUCUCUCAGAAGUCAGCCCCGCUCUUUAUCGUGACUGCUGUGAAACUGUCCAGGGUUAUAUUCCAGCCGAGUUUCUUUAAAGAGUCACGGCUUUACUGUUGAGCCAGCCUGCAUUGUCCAUUGGAUUCCAGCCUUUUUAACACCUCCCUCUCAUUUGUUGGGGUGAAACUUUAAAAGGCCGUUGCCUCCAAAAUCUCUGCUCACACAGUUACGGACAAGGUGGACGAGAAAAAGCAUGAAAGUGGAUUGGGAUGUUGCAGAAGAGACGACAGAUGAGUUGACUGUCUUUCCUCCGUGAACGAAGGGUAUAUAUGAAGGUGAAAUGUGGACAUUUAGGAUGAUUUAGCUUAUAUCUCAUGUUUUUUUUAUUAUGUGGUGCCAGCAUAGAUUAGACAAGUCAUUUUCUGUCAAUGAGCCUCACACAUAUUGUACACAUCAACGGGAGCAUUUGGCACAUGUGGACCCUUGGCUCAUUUUUAUCGUCUGUAUUUUGAGAGUAUGUGAUUUGGUGGGUAUGUGCUUGUGUGUGUGUGUGUGUUGGGGGGGGGUGUGAGUGAGUGAGAGAGAGAGAGAGAGAGAGAGAAAGAGAGAGAGAAUGUGCACAUGCAGAGAUACACUGUGAAAUAAGUAAUGUCCAAUGCAUUAUUCAUACUCUUGUAUAUUUUUGGGACACGCCCAGACCAGAUCUCACGAUCUGGCAAAGAGAAUUUCUGAUUUUACAGAUGUUGGAUUUCAUUUGAAUCUUUGUAGAUGUGUUUUUUCCUUUUCUUUAUCUUUCCUUGUUUUUUUCUUUAGUACAGAGAAAUAUUUAUUUUGGGGGAAAAUAUUAUUGAAACUGGGUUAAGAUCUAAAAAUAUGUCACUUACAGUAAGGUAAAUUCUGUAAUUAAGAAAUCAAUUUAUGUGUGAUUAAAUGUAGUUCAGAAUCCUUGACUAAACUGACUUUUUUCAUAUGAAAUGUUUUUGGCAGGCGGCUGGAAUUGUUAUUUGCUGAUUUCGAUUUUAAUUGUGUUUUAUGCGCUGUGGAUCUCAUUGAAAGCGGAGUCGAAGAAAACGAGAAUAUGAACACCAGUAUGAUAUUAUAAAACACAAUCCAAGUACCAUGGUGUGACAAGCUGCAGUAAUCUGCACAGCGUCCUGUUUGUUUUAGUAAAUUAUAUUGUACAGGUUUUCCCAUUUCUCACUGUUUUUUGUUCUUUUAUUUGUUCUAAAAAACAACAAGUUAAGCAUAUGAAGACAUAAAGACAGUUUCCAUUCCUGGGACCUGAGACGUGUGGAUUUGGUGUAUGUUUGUGUGUGUGUGUAGAUGGCUGGUCCAGGUAUUGCUUAUGUUAUUGGGACCUCAAUCUGUUUAGAUUGAGGUCACAUUAUGGGGACUUAACCACUUUAGGACCUUUUCCACCACUAACAUUUUCAGGACCAGUUGACCUCAUGGGGACCAUAACCCUGUCAUAAAGAGGCAAGAUGUAAUUUCUGAGGACCUGGUUAAGGUUAAGAGUAAGAUAUGCAUUGUGAUUAGGUUAAGGACACGGCUAAGUACGAAUUGGUUAUGGUAAGGGCCAAGGAAAUGCAUUAGGCCGAUGAGUUUUUUCAAUAUAAUAACAUUACAAGAGUGUGUGUGUGUCUUUUCCAGGUUAACAGAAGUUUGUGGAGUGAGAUUUAUAAAAUAACAUUUUCCACCUGAUCCCAUAUUUUUGAUUUCAUACGGUCUCUCUAUUUAUCGCCUCUUUGGUUUUCUCUCACCGUAAAUAAAUUGUCCUGUUUGAUUUGACUCACCGUCAGUAAUACUGCAUUCACACUGAAUCUUUUAGUAAAAUCGAGAAAUGACAAAAGAUCUGGACCUUCUGCUCUUCUGAGUGCUCUGAAAAUGUGUUCACAUCACAUAUCAUUAAACCAACUUCUGUGAGUUCUGACACUUGAGCUCUGAUGCAGUGUGGGUGAGGGACUAUCAAUUGGCCCCAAGCUAAGGCCCAAAAAGUGCCUCAAACGUCUCUAUAUAUAUGUCUUGUCCUUUUAUUUCCCUCUGUGCUUGUUACGACAGAGCUUUUGGGUGAAAAGUAUAAAACUUCAGACCAAUUACUUCCCAAAACUGACAAAGCAACAGUAACUGAGACAAACUGGAACAAGAAAAGUUUUCUUGCACAGACUACAAUGAAAUUGGGUAACCCUUCCGAGUAUAUGAUGUAUUAUAAAGCAGAUAUCCACGGCGGUAUAUUCUAUUAUAGAAGUGUUUGUGUGAAAGAUGACUCACAAUGGUGUGAUUAUCGAGAAAUAACCUAAAUUGUGCGUGUGGAGUGAUUUAUUUGUCAUACCUAAUCUGCACUGUGCAUCACAAAUUUGCCAGUUUAUAACAUGGAUGCCUCCCAAAGAUGAAAAUAUACUAUAUGUCUUGUAUUACUUUAUUUCAAAGAUCCAAACAAGUGGGAGAAGACAUGUGUGUCUGCCAUGUUAGAGCUGGGAUCCAUCCAACCAUUAUCUGUAAUUCUUAUAUUUCGCAAGGAGAGGCAGGAGCCAAUCCCAGCUGACAUUGGGACAGGUCACCAGCAGACAUACAGAGACAAACAAUCAUUCACAUUCACACCCACGGUUGAUUUAGAGUCUCCUAUUAACCUUACCCCAAUCGACAUGUGUUUUGACUGUGGAAAGAAGCCGGAUUACCCCGGAGGAAGCAGACACUGAGAAAAUGCAAACCUCAAACAGGAUUCUAACCCAAGAAGCUUCUCGCUUUGAGGUAAAAGGGCAAAACACUGCACCAAAGUGACAUGGAGCUGUGAAAAAAACAUUUACCCCCACACUAAUCUUGGUUGAAUAUAAGGUGCAUUUCAAAAUUGUGUACAUUGUCGAGUAUAACGGUUGCUUGUAUUUCACCUCAUCCUUCGUAACAUUUUAAGUUUGCUAAAUAUUACAUUAUUUCUGUACAUGUUUUUAUAUAUGGAGGGUUAUGUUCCUAGAAACUAAAGUAUCUCUGUCUCAGAACAUUUAGUUCCACAUAACUUAGUUAUUUUCAGGAAGAUGGCAGAAAUAGGUCACCUUUGCUGGAGGAAGGGUCAAAAUGUACCAUGCAGUAUAAUGAACAGUGUUGUGUGUUUCUCUCUGCUGUAGAAAGCGGAGACGUGGUUUCCUGCGCUUGCGGCUGAGCCAGUAUUCCCACUCACCUCCCACAGUUAGAGAUGUUCUUCCAGCUGCUUUCUUCCAUUCUGAAUGUCUGUCUUGCUGUUUCAGGGUUUUUGAAUGUGGGCUGCUGUCAGGAUCAACAAAUGGUACGAAGGUGGUAUCCAGCCUCCUGCCAACAUGUGGUACAGCACAGUGUGUACACUGGAUAUCGGAACAGUCUGACUUUACCAGAAGCAGACAAUGAGCUGGCAUGACGCUGCUUUGUCAAGUUAUCUUUGUGUAUUCUGGAUGUAGGAAGGACUGUGCAGUGAUCAGUACUUAUAACUGUUAACGCAGAAAGAAAAAGAUGAGCAUUGGCAGGAGUGACGCUUGACAUGAUUAUUAUGUAAAUUGUUGGAUUGGCUU